AACGCAAUUAUCACUUUAUUUUACCACAACACCAAGUAUAGAGAGAUUUUAACUAUAAAACUCCCGUAAGAAGGAUAUAUCCACCAAGUAGGGCAAAAUAGAAGUAGACACGGCCGUACAAUUCUUUUUAGGUAGGUACUUUUACCAGUGACGAGGUACAUAAUUGAUAAAAAUACCUAUAUUAUGUUUAUCCAAGGUUACAUUACGUAGCUCUUCUGAUAUAAAUUGUAAAAUAUUUAGGCGAUGCAUGCAAAUUUAAUAUAGCAAACCUGAUUAAUUGACUUUUAGUUAUGGUAAUUCCAUUUCACCUAUAAAAACCAAUACACACGUUAACCUAGUUGGUAUAAUGAAAGCAGCCAUUUAUAAAUAACAGGGGUAAGUACCAAUAUGUGAAAAAAUACUACAAUUACGUAUCGGACGUUCGUCAUGGAUAUGCGCCAACUAACAUACAAGUACGAGUGGUCAUCCAUUAACAUGAUUUGGUCGUUGGUCGCGUAGAAAAUCGCUUUCCAUCGUUCGUAUAACUUAAAGGGGCCAAGUGGCAUUUUCCAUUCCAAGUGUGACCUUGGCAGCAUACAGUCGAAGGUAUCAGUUAGUUAUUCUAUCUGUUCUUUGUGCCUGUUAAACACAACAUUAGUUCAGGGAGUUUCUGUUGAUUUUGAUCAAUUUUAUUUAUCUUAUUCGGCGGAAAUCUAGUCAUGGCAUUAUGGAUGUAUAAAAUAUUCUAUAGCAUCUGAUAAAUAAAGGAAACAGUAUGAGAGCAGCGGUAAAAUUAAUUUUGGCUGUGGCGUUGAUGUCGGGAGUAAAAACGGAGAAGACAGGAGACCCUGACGCACACAUGAGCCACUUCAUCGCGGAUAUCUGGCUCGAGGGGGCCGAUGUUGUCAGAAUCCUGUGGAGAGACUGCUCGAAAAAACUAGUCGACGUGAAAGAUGUCAUCGACCACAAGGAAUACUUUCCGAAGUUCGUGCGUUGUAUGAAGCGAAAGACCUUGAGGGCAUUGGACCGAUCGCUCAGUACAGAUAUAGUGCCCAUUGCUGAAGGGGUCAAUUUAGUGCGGUUUGAGAUGGUGGACAGGACGGGAAAUGUGAUGCCAGACAACUAUACCAGCUCGUGGUCGGAGAAGGAGCUUGAGGAAGGCGAGUGGCGUACUCUCGCGAUGCAGCGGAUGGCGAAGGUACUUCGAACCCAUGUUAUCAAGUUCGACUUCGAGGAUGGGAGGACGCCAGAAAAAGUUGAGUUCCGCGGUCGCCGCCGCCAUCAGAUGAUGGUAAUGAUGAUGUUUGGCAUCGUGUCUAUCGGCAUGGUCAUGAUACCUAUGGGUUUUCAAUUCCUCGCCGUUCUCGGCGGGAAAGCUCUCGUACUUGCCAAAAUGGCUCUAAUUUUGGCAUCCAUACAAGGAUUGAAAAAGAUCGGUACAAGUCCGCUGAACUACGGAUUCUAUCAUUCUUACCCCCCUUACGAUCAUUACGAGAAGCGAAGCGGAGACAACUGGCCUCCCCCCUCCAUGAUGGCCGGCACGCCCCCGCCGCUGUCGCGCUCUUGGUCCAAUCUCGACACCGAAAACAUCAAGACUGACAGAAUACAUUUAGCCGCCGCCUAUACUGCAGCUAAUGAUGUUAAAGGGGAAACGCCAAAGUUUAUUCAAAGAGAGUCGGAGUCGAGAGUGUAUCCAGUGUACGCCGGACCAGACGCGACACCUUCCUUCACUGUUAUAGAUUCGCCUACGCCAUUGAUAGCUGAUUUAACGACGACUCCAGGGGAGGUCCAGGCAGAUUAUGCCUUGGAACUCCCCUACAAUGGAUUUCGCUUUCAAAGUCCCACUCCUGUCGUUUCAUCUUAACGUGUUAACUGGAUACUUUCGUGCACUUUACGAGAUAGUAUAUAGUUUGGUUUCGUAUGUAGUGCGAAUUCUGUUUCCUAGUAGACAAAUUUUAUUUAAAUUCCUUUCGCCUAUAAGAGGUCCGUUUUUGGGAGUUCCUUUGCGUCGUUUAUUUGAUAGGUUCAAACCAAUGUUUUAGCCAUUUAAGUUGUUACAUCAUAUCACAUACCAAUAGUAUAGGAUGCUAGCUAUACCUACUACUUUAACUCGAAUAAACUGCAACUAAUUUAUGUGUCUAUAGGUAAUAAUAACGUAUUCCAUUUCAUAAUGAGUAAGUGUGUAUAAGUUAAUUAAAUUAACAAUGUAAUGUAAUUUAGGCUAUUAUGUAACAUAAACUUUAUUUAUAUUUAAUAGUGAAAAAAUUGAUAUUAAAUAAAAGAAUUCGUCAUUUCUUUAAUUUUAUAUACUAAAAACACAAUUCCUCUUCACAAUGGAGAAAGAAACGACAAAGUAGUAUUUCAAUCAAAUACCUUGAAUAUUUACAUUUAAGACAUCUAACACAAGUAAUUAACAUCAUUUGUCAGAAGUGUUAUCGUUUCAUGAUUUUUUUCCUGGAAAAGCAUCAUGCGUCCUUCAAAGAGUAUUAUUAGAACCCGCAAUAAUAUUCGCCAACAUUUAUUUUUUCCACAUCCUACCAACUUCUGGUAAGAACAUUCGCAUUCGGCCCGGAAAUGGACCGGAUUUGAUUGAUUUGACUUCCCACACCGGUCACAUUACAUACAGACAAUAGUCAUCGCUACCGCGUUAUUCUAUUCUUAAUAAAACAAACUGAACCAGACUAAACUUAUUGGCUCCCAUUCUUAGUAUUCAAAUAUCCGGAACCGCGUUCAGCUUAUCGAGUUUGCCGGGACAGUGAGCAGGUGACAUGUGGCGCCGUUUGUCACUAAUGCGAAUCAAUGGGGUCUUUGACAUUUAUAAAACGACUUGAAUACCAAUUUAAAAAAGCGGAGCAUUUCAAUAGAGGUAAAAGGACCUAUUUUUAAUGCGUUUAUGUUAUUUAUUCAAUAUUACCAAGUUUUACGGUUUCCCUGUCUUAUAUCCUAUCCCUAUACCAAAUUCUACAAAUAU